AAUUAACGUUUAUUUUGGAAAUCUUGUACAAAUCGCAGAGAAUGUAUCAGUAAACAGGUUUUUGCAGCAUAUAGUUCAUGCAUCUAUUGAAGUUAAUUUAGAAGUAAAGGGCAGUAUAAUGUCUUUGAUAAUCCAUCUAAUAUUUAUUAUCACAACAAUAAGUGCUGUGGCAUCCCAAACUCUUUAUUACAAUGAGAUAGAACGCAGAUGUCCUAAGCCAUGGGUAAUGUACCAAGAUUCUUGUUAUCGAUUCAUUAAAAGCUACAGGCUGAGAGAAGAUGCAAGAAGAAAUUGCUUAGCAUAUCAAAGUGAUUUAUUAUCUAUCAACUCUUUGGAAGAGCAUGGUGCUAUUCUUCGUGAGCUAUUGCAACAAGAUCCUCAACAUCGAAAGUGGUAUACCAGUGUGAGAAUGCAAGGUGGUUAUUGGACAAAUGAAGAUGGAACUCAGAUUAUUAAUAUGGAAAAUGCCUUUCUACCUGAGAGGUUUGAUAAUGUUUUUGGCAAAGAUUACUUGGUGUAUGGUUACAGCGAAGGACUGAAGAGGUGGGGUUUGGAAAAAGUCAAAGGUGAUGAAGUUCAUUACUAUAUCUGUGAAGCUCUCGCUGCCAAUUUAAACUAUCUGCUGAAUGAUGAUCGAACUUACCAGUAUGGUCUUGAAAUAACUGAUCCAUUAAGCAUACCAAGGGGACCAUAUUUUAUAAAACAGCCAGAAAACAAAGUGUUUGAUGUCACGAAAAGGGUUGUAAAUAAUGAUGUCUUUCUGAGUUGCCUUGCUGGUGGAUAUCCGGCCCCCACUUACGAGUGGUUUAAGGAAGAUUUUCAAAACGACAGAUUGAUAGCUAAGAAUAUUGAUCCAUUAGCUAAUGACAGGUAUACUAUCAGUGGUGGAACUCUCAUCAUUUUUGCUCCAAAUCAGACUGAAGAUCGUGGCACUUACCACUGUAAAGCUACGAACCAAUUCGGCACAAUUCGCUCGGAGAGUGUCGAGCUUUCUUUCGGUUAUAUUCUCGAGUUUAAUUUAAAACGUCCAGAAGAACGUGGUGAUGAGCAUUGGGGUAAAGCCGUGUACUGCGAUCCCCCUCAACAUUUUCCUGGUGUCAAAUAUUAUUGGGCAAGAGAAGCUUUCCCUUAUUUCGUGGACGACGAUAACGAGAGAUUAUUUGUUUCGUACGACGGUGCCUUAUAUUUUUCGGCCCUUGAGAAACUCGAUCAGGCAAAUUACUCUUGCAACGUACAAAGUACUGCUUCUGAUACUGGACGUAAUGGGCCAUUCUUCCCACUCUAUAUUAUGCCGCAUCUUACGCCGCAAAGCUUGAAGUUCCCCAACAAUUUUCCUAAAAUUUUUCCCGAAGCUCCAAUUGCAGGUGAUGAAGUCCGAAUGGAGUGCAUUGCCUUUGGAUUCCCUGUACCUUCGUACAACUGGACUCGUAUCGGAGCCGAACUACCUCGAGGAGCCUAUUUAAUGAAUCAUAAUCGUGUUUUAAUGAUCCCACGUGUACGUAUUGAGGACCAAGGCGAGUACGUAUGUCGUGCACGUAACGAAAAGAUUUCAAUUACGAAUUCGGUCUAUUUGUCGAUCCAAGCUGCACCCAAUUUUACCGUUCCUUUAACUGACAAACAUAUGGACAAUCAUGGUGAACUUACCUGGAUUUGUGAAGCAUUCGGUAUUCCUGAUGUUACAUAUAAUUGGCUGAGAAAUGGAGAAUAUAUUGAUAUGUAUAAUCUACCGCCGGAAGACAAAGACAGAUAUCUAAUUCAGGAUAAUGUACUGAGAAUUCACGCAUUAGAUCCUGAGAAAGACGAGGCAAUGUAUCAGUGUGAGGCGAGGAAUCAGCUGAAGACUAAGUAUUCGUCAGCUCAACUGCGAGUUUUAUCUCUUAAACCAUCGUUUAAGAAGCGACCUUUAGAACCAGAAACCUACGCCGGUGAAGGUGGAAAUGUUACGUUGAUUUGUAAUCCUGAAGCAGCGCCUAUGCCGAAAUUCGUUUGGAAAAAAGAUGGUAACGUAUUAGGUACUGGCGGUAGACGUCGUAUCUUGGAUACUGGUAAUCUAAUGAUUAGCCCGGUAUCGAGAGAUGACGAAGGUACCUAUGUUUGCCAAGCAUCUAACCAGUAUGGCAAUGAUGAAUCAUCAGGUCGACUUAUUGUUUUGAAUGGACCAAUACUAAUCGAAUCAUUACCACCGCGCAUUAUCACUCAAGUAAAUCAGAACCAAACACUUCGUUGCAUGGCUCAAACAGACGAAAUGUUGGACGUGGCUUAUAUCUGGAUGCACAACGAUAUGCGUAUUCGAGACAAAGAUCUCAAAGCGAAUCCGCAUAUCGUCAUAGAUGGUGGGACUCUCGAUAUCAUCAACGCGACUUUUGCGGAAGCUGGCGAUUACGAAUGUAUUGUAAAGAGCGCAGUUGGUAGAAUUACUUCAAAAACAACCAUCACUAUUGAAGGACCACCUGGACCUCCUGGUGGUGUGCAAGUUGUUACUAUUGCUACAACUUCAGUGACCCUUGCGUGGACAGAUGGGGCAUACAAUGGUAGAAUGAUAUCGAAAUAUGCCAUUGGAGCUAGGACAUCUUAUAAUCAAACUUGGUUCAAUUUGACGGAGGAUUAUACUAACUUCCGAGAAAUCGACAGAUACAAUGGCCGAAAACAAGUAUCUUUAGAAAAUGUAUUACGUCCAUACUCGACCUACGAAUUUCGAGUGCAAGCUGGCAAUGAGCUUGGUUACGGGCCAGCUUCGAUGCCUUCCCCACAGUACAGCACACCAUCCGAUCGACCAGCUAAAGCACCUUCAAAUAUCAGAGGCGGUGGCGGUAAGAUCAGUGAAUUGACGAUUAAAUGGGAUCCCUUGAAACGCGAAGAUCAAUACGGACCGGGAAUUUACUACAAAGUUUACUGGCGUAACAAGAAGGAUGAGCGUGAAUUUCAAUCAUUGUCUCUUAAAGAACACGGGAACGUUGGCAUGGCUGUCGUUGCAAUCCAAUCCAAAUACUUUUACACUGAAUACGAUGUUAUUGUACAAGCUGCUAACGAUAUUGGAUAUGGGCCAAAGUCAGAAAUCAUUACCAUUUAUAGUGCUGAAGAUAUGCCACAGGCUGCACCUCAACAAGUGAGUGCAUUGUCAUACAAUAGUACGGCUCUCAAUGUAUCAUGGGUUCCGAUUAAUCAAUCUCGAGAGUUCGUGCGUGGCAAAUUGAUAGGUCAUCGUAUUAAGUACUGGAUGGAAGAUGGACGCGAAGAAGAUGCUGUCUAUUAUUUAUCACGUACGACUCGUCCGUGGUCUCUUGUUGUUGGUUUGCAGCCUAAUACUUACUACUAUGUCAAAGUAAUGGCAUACAAUUCCGCUGGUGAAGGUCCUGAGAGUGAGCGUUUCCUCGAACGAACUUACCGUAAAGCACCACAAAAUCCACCAUCAUCUGUACACGUAUUCGGUCGCAAUCCGACAUCUGUUCGUGUGACUUGGCGUUACGUGCAGAAUAUGAAAGACGAAGAGCCUGUGAUCGGUUUCAAGAUACGUGUCUGGGAAACAGAUCAAGACAUGAGUACUGCCACUGACACCCUUGUUCCAGUGGGUUCAAUUGAGGCGAUUAUAAAUAAUUUGGGUGUAGGUAAAGAGUAUUAUCUUCGAGUUUUGGCCUACAGUAAUGGAGGUGACGGCAGAAUGUCUAGUCCCGCGCAUAGGUUUCGUAUGGGAGAUGCGUCGGAUUAUGGCAACUCUGCCGUGAAUAAAAUGUUGAAUACCAGUUUAAUCAUUGUCAUGCUAGUAUUUAUAAAGAUCGUCUUUUACGAAGAAAGUAUUUUUAUUUAAAUCUUCUACACAGUUUUGAUUAAUACGAAAAAUGAAUCAAUUUCUAAAAAUUGUAAUGUAUAGGAUAUAUGAAAAUACCUACAAAAGAUGACAAAGUAAGUUUCUCUAAGAGAGACAAGUUAACUUUGACCUAUUACUGUAUUAUAGCGAAACUAUGCUGGACAGUACUGUGCAUUAGAAUAAACAUUAGGUUUAAAAAAAUAUUUUAAGUGAAACGCUCGUUUCAGGAUUGUUGAUAAUGGAACUGUGUUUUCAUCUUUCAAAUGCAUUCUUAUGGUUGUACUCAAUCAGUCUUUUCGAUGUAUAAUGCAACAAGCGCUUAAUUUAUCGCACAACUAUCUGAGCAGCGUCAAAUUUUUUCUUAAUGAUAAUUAAACGUACUAUUCCUCCAUGCGACAAUACGCGCGUUAUCGUUGGAGUUAAUUAAGAAUCUCAGAGUUUCCGUCCAAAAGAAUUCAAGAAUAUCGUGACGUAUUUUAAGAGAUUUUUAUAAGAAUAUGUGAACAAAUGAUAUAUUAUUCUUUGUAUGAGUCUUGUAGAAUAUAUACAUACAUAUAAAUAUAUAUAUAUAUAUAUUUAGCGUACGAGCGCAUUUUGCAAUAUAUGCUAAAUCUCAUUCUUUUCUGAUCCUCUUAUUCGUACCUUCCAGUCUGUACAAUGUUUUUAUUUUAUCAAAUAUAUUGUACUUGAUGCCACAAACACCAACAUUGUUCUGUACUUUUUACAUUGUUAAAUCUUAUAUAUGAAAAAUUAAACAAGAA